AUGUGCUUUGUUUUACAUGGAACAAAAUACUCUGAUGCUAAUAUAACAGUGAAUACAGGAGUUACUUCUUCAACGAAUACCUUCACCAUAACGAGUUCUUACACCACAAUUAGUCCUAAAACCGAUUGGAAUGGAACAACAGCGAGUCUUACAACCGAUUGGAGUUCAAGUACACCAGCGAGUUCUACUACUGAUUGGAGUUCAAGUACACCAGCGAGUUCUACUACUGAUUGGAGUUCAAAGACAACAGCGAGUCUUACUGUGACAACGGGUCCUACUGUUACAACGGGUCUUAUUGAAACGACGAGUCCUACUGAAACAACGGGUCCCACUGAAACAACAAGUCCUACUGAAACAACGGGUCCUAUUGAAACAACGAUUCCGAUUGAAACAAUCGGUCCUAUUGUAACAACAACGGGUCCUCCUGAAACAACGGCUCAUAUUGAAACAACAACGGGUCCCAUUGAAACAACGGGUCCUAUUGAAACAACAACGGGUCCUAUUGAAACAACAACGGGUCCCAUUGAAACAACGGGUCAUAUUGAAACAACAACGGGUCCUAUUGAAACAACGGGUCAUAUUGAAACAACAACGGGUCCUAUUGAAACAACAACGGGUCCUCCUGAAACAACGGCUCAUAUUGAAACAACAACGGGUCCCAUUGAAACAACGGGUCAUAUUGAAACAACAACGGGUCCUAUUGAAACAACAGCUGGUCCUCCUGAAACAACGGCUCAUAUUGAAACAACAACGGUUCCUCCUGAAACAACGGCUCAUAUUGAAACAACAACGGUUCCUCCUGAAACAACGGCUCAUAUUGAAACAACAACGGGUCCUAUUGAAACAACAACGGGUCCACCUGAAACAACGGGUCAUAUUGAAACAACAACGGGUCCCAUUGAAACAACUGGUCAUAUUGAAACAACAACGGGUCCUAUUGAAACAACAACUGGUCCUAUUGAAACAACAACGGGUCCUCCUGAAACAACGGCUCGUAUAGCAACAACAACGGGUCCCAUUGAAACAACAACGGCUCAUAUUGAAACAACAACAUUUCCUCCUGAAACAACGGCUCAUAUUGAAACAACAACGGUUCCUCCUGAAACAACGGCUCAUAUUGAAACAACAACGGGUCCUAUUGAAACAACAACGGGUUCACCUGAAACAACGGGUCAUAUUGAAACAACAACGGGUCCCAUUGAAACAACGGGUCAUAUUGAAACAACAACGGGUCCUAUUGAAACAACAACUGGUCCUAUUGAAACAACAACGGGUCCUCCUGAAACAACGGCUCAUAUUGAAACAACAACGGGUCCCAGUGAAACAACUACGGGUCAUAUUGAAACAACAACGGGUCCUAUUGAAACAACAACGGGUCCUCCUGAAACAACGGCUCAUAUUGAAACAACAACGGGUCCCAUUGAAACAACGGGUCAUAUUGAAACAACAACGGGUCCUAUUGAAACAACGAGUCAUAUUGAAACAACAACGGGUCCCAUUGAAACAACGGGUCAUAUUGAAACAACAACGGGUCCUAUUGAAACAACAACGGGUCCUCCUGAAACAACGGCUCAUAUUGAAACAUCAACGGGUCCCAUUGAAACAACGGGUCAUAUUGAAACAACAACGGGUCCUAUUGAAACAACAGCUGGUCCUCCUGAAACAACGGCUCAUAUUGAAACAACAACGGUUCCUCCUGAAACAACGGCUCAUAUUGAAACAACAACGGGUCCUAUUGAAACAACAACGGGUCCACCUGAAACAACAGGUCCUAUUGAAACAACAACGGGUCCCAUUGAAAUAACUGGUCAUAUUGAAACAAUAACGGGUCCUAUUGAAACAACAACUGGUCCUAUUGAAACAACAACGGGUCCUCCUGAAACAACGGCUCGUAUAGCAACAACAACGGGUCCCAUUGAAACAACAACGGCUCAUAUUGAAACAACAACAGUUCCUCCUGUAACAACGGCUCAUAUUGAAACAACAACGGUUCCUCCUGAAACAACGGCUCAUAUUGAAACAACAACGGGUCCUAUUGAAACAACAACUGGUCCACCUGAAACAACGGGUCAUAUUGAAACAACAACGGGUCCCAUUGAAACAACGGGUCAUAUUGAAACAACAACGGGUCCUAUUGAAACAACAACUGGUCCUAUUGAAACAACAACGGGUCCUCCUGAAACAACGGCUCAUAUUGAAACAACAACGGGUCCCAGUGAAACAACAACGGGUCAUAUUGAAACAACAACGGGUCCUAUUGAAACAACAACGGGUUCACCUGAAACAACGGGUCAUAUUGAAACAACAACGGGUCCCAUUGAAACAACAGAUCAUAUUGAAACAACAACGGGUCCUAUUGAAACAACAACUGGUCCUAUUGAAACAACAACGGGUCCUCCUGAAACAACGGCUCAUAUUGAAACAACAACGGGUCCCAGUGGAACAACUACGGGUCAUAUUGAAACAACAACGGGUCCUAUUCAAGCAACAACGGGUCCUCCUGAAACAACGGCUCAUAUUGAAACAACAACGGGUCCCAUUGAAACAACGGGUCAUAUUGAAACAACAACGGGUCCUAUUGAAACAACGAGUCAUAUUGAAACAACAACGGGUCCCAUUGAAACAACGGGUCAUAUUGAAACAACAACGGGUCCUAUUGAAACAACAACGGGUCCUCCUGAAACAACGGCUCAUAUUGAAACAUCAACGGGUCCCAUUGAAACAACGGGUCAUAUUAAAACAACAACGGGUCCUAUUGAAACAACAGCUGGUCCUCCUGAAACAACGGCUCAUAUUGAAACAACAACGGUUCCUCCUGAAACAACGGCUCAUAUUGAAACAACAACGGGUCCUAUUGAAACAACAACGGGUCCACCUGAAACAACAGGUCCUAUUGAAACAACAACGGGUCCCAUUGAAAUAACUGGUCAUAUUGAAACAAUAACGGGUCCUAUUGAAACAACAACUGGUCCUAUUGAAACAACAACGGGUCCUCCUGAAACAACGGCUCGUAUAGCAACAACAACGGGUCCCAUUGAAACAACAACGGCUCAUAUUGAAACAACAACAGUUCCUCCUGUAACAACGGCUCAUAUUGAAACAACAACGGUUCCUCCUGAAACAACGGCUCAUAUUGAAACAACAACGGGUCCUAUUGAAACAACAACUGGUCCACCUGAAACAACGGGUCAUAUUGAAACAACAACGGGUCCCAUUGAAACAACGGGUCAUAUUGAAACAACAACGGGUCCUAUUGAAACAACAACUGGUCCUAUUGAAACAACAACGGGUCCUCCUGAAACAACGGCUCAUAUUGAAACAACAACGGGUCCCAGUGAAACAACAACGGGUCAUAUUGAAACAACAACGGGUCCUAUUCAAACAACAACGGGUCCUUCUGAAACAACGGCUCAUAUUGAAACAACAACGGGUCCCAUUGAAACAACAACGGGUCCUAUUGAAACAACAACGGGUCCUAUUGAAACAACAACUGGUCCUAUUCAAACAACAACGGGUCCCAUUGAAACAACGGGUCAUAUUGAAACAACAACGGGUCAUAUUGAAACAACAACUGGUCCUAUUGAAACAACAACGGGUCCUCCUGAAACAACGGCUCGUAUAGCAACAACAACGGGUCCCAUUGAAACAACAACGGCUCAUAUUGAAACAACAACAGUUCCUCCUGUAACAACGGCUCAUAUUGAAACAACAACGGUUCCUCCUGAAACAACGGCUCAUAUUGAAACAACAACGGGUCCUAUUGAAACAACAACUGGUCCACCUGAAACAACGGGUCAUAUUGAAACAACAACGGGUCCCAUUGAAACAACGGGUCAUAUUGAAACAACAACGGGUCCUAUUGAAACAACAACUGGUCCUAUUGAAACAACAACGGGUCCUCCUGAAACAACGGCUCAUAUUGAAACAACAACGGGUCCCAGUGAAACAACAACGGGUCAUAUUGAAACAACAACGGGUCCUAUUCAAACAACAACGGGUCCUUCUGAAACAACGGCUCAUAUUGAAACAACAACGGGUCCUAUUGAAACAACAACUGGUCCUAUUCAAACAACAACGGGUCCCAUUGAAACAACGGGUCAUAUUGAAACAACAACGGGUCAUAUUGAAACAACAACUGGUCCUAUUGAAACAACAACGGGUCCUUAUGAAACAACGGGUCAUAUUGAAACAACAACGGGUCCUAUUGAAACAACGGGUCAUAUUGAAACAACAACGGGUCCUAUUCAAACAACAACGGGUCCCAUUGAAACAACGGGUCUUACUGAAACAACAACGGGUCCCAUUGAAACAACGGGUCAUAUUGAAACAACAACGGGUCCUACUGAAACAACGGGUCCUCCUGAAACAACGAGUCCUACUGUAACAACGGGUCCUACUGCAACAACGGGUCCUUCUGAAACAACGAGUCCUAUUGAAACAACGAGUCCUACUGUAACAACGGGUCCUACUGUAACAACGGGUCCUACUGAAACAACGAGUCCUACUGAAACAACGAGUCCUAUUGAAACAACGAGUCCUACUGAAACAAUGGGUCCUACUGAAACAACGGGUCCUACUGAAACAACGAGUCCUACUGUAACAACGGGUCCUACUGAAACAACGGAUCCUACUGUAACAACGGGUCCUACCGUAACAACGAGUCCUACUGUAACAACGAGUCCUACUGAAACAACGAGUCCUACUGAAACAACGGGUCCUACUGUAACAACGGGUCCUACUGAAACAACGAGUCCUACUGCAACAACGGGUACUACCGUAGCAACGGAUCCUACUGAAACAACGAGUCCUACUGUAACAAUGGGUCCUAUUGAAACAACGGGUCCUACUGUAACAACGAGUCCUACUGAAACAACGAGUCCUACUGUAACAACGGGUCCUACUGUAACAACGGGUCCUACUGUAACAACGAGUCCUACUGUAACAACGGGUCCUACUGAAACAACGAGUCCUACUGAAACAACGGGUCCUACUGAAACAACGAGUCCUACUGAAACAACGAGUCCUACUGAAACAACGGGUCCUACUGAAACAACGAGUCCUACUGAAACAACUGGUUAUUCUGAAACAACGGGUUAUUCUGAAACAACGGAUCCUUUACCAACGUCGAAUUCUACUACAGCAACAAGCCCUGGUGCAACAGAGAAUCCUACUACAACAACAACAGGUAGUGGCUACGGUUGUAUAUGGGACACGGACUGCCCUGAUGUACACAUGACGUGCACGGCUGAAGUGUGCACGUGUGUCGUGGGAUUCAUGCACGAGGGGGCCACAUGCGAACAGGUGAUAACUGCACCAUGCUUCUCUGAGGCGGACUGUCCCCUACAAAACGCCACGUGCGACAUUGCGUCAGGAAGAUGCACGUGUGUCGAAGGGUUUCACGUAGCUAAUUUCACGUGCAUCAAAGGUGAAGGUGCUGUUGGUUACGGUGAACCAUGCGUGGUGGACACUGACUGCCUUACAACGUUGAUGUGUGAUGACGUCAACAUGACGUGUACGUGCACAGAGGGACACGUUCUGGACGUCGAUACGUGCGUUUCGUUAGACCAGAACGUUACGUUGCCGGAUUGUCUGUCUGACGUCGAUUGUGUUACUAACGCCACGUGCACGGAUGGCGGCGUCUGCGUCUGUCUUGGGAACCUCAUUCUGAACGCGGACAACUCUUCUUGCGUUCAGAACUACACGUUGACGUUUAAUGGUGCCAUCCUGGCCGCUGAACAACUACUAGAAAAAGGACAGUACUCUCUAGUGUUCCGAUGUAUCUUCAGCAAUGACGCGGGGUUCUCCUACAAAAUCACAUGGUUUAAAGACAAUCAAGCCCUUCACAAUUCUGGUGUCGUGCCAAAUGACGAAGCGUCAGCAGCCUCAGUCCUCAGUGACGCUACUAUAGCGUCACUUCCGGUCGAGGAAAUCACGUUUGAUUCCCAGUUUUCCUGCUCUGUGAUGGUUUACACCGAGAACGGUGAUCAGUUCCUGAAAGAGGCCACCAGCCAGUCUUUACAUGCUUUUGAGAUAUCUACCACGGAGCUAUCAUUUGCGCGUGGUGAGACAGCAACGUUUUCAGUGACGUCACUAUUACCGUUCGCCUGCUCCCCGGCGCCAUGUCACCUACAGUACAUUGUUUAUGACCCCGCCGACGGCUACGGAUGUCGGGAUGCUACCGUCGCUGUCGUCCAUGGUGACACGUGCGGCGGGCGGCUGGAGGGCGUCACUGAUGAGAACAUCGGUCAUGCGACUACAGUAGGGCACGUGACCAACAUCACCAUAACAACCAAGAACAAUAAUAAAUACAACCUGAAGAGCGAGUUUUCCUUGAUUUUGAGAACACGUUCAGGAAAUACGCAGUCCAUUUGGAAUAAGUUCAACACUACACUAACGGUGCACGUGACAGAUGUUUACUUCCGGUCGUACAGCAGAUGCUACUCCUUCGUGGAUCCUCAUAUGGGUACGUUCGACUUCAAGUGGUAUGAAAAUCAGAAUGUUGGAGAAUUCAUCUUAUAUCGCCACAAGACCCUCCCUCUACAGGUGCACAUGGUUACCAAGAGUUGCUGGCCGGACUGGUUUGGUAGGGUUGACGGACCCACUUGCGCAUGCGCAGUUACGGUGCAGGCAGGAGGCGAUAUUUUCACUAUCAACCACUGUCAUGGUCAUGUGGUCAAAUAUCUGUCCAGGAAGGACAGAAGUCUGAAAGUGUAUGUUUCGUGGUCGAAUAGUUUUCAGAUUGUGUUUCCCACGGGACUGGUUGUGUACGUGUACGUGAUGCCCAGCUUCUACUACACCAUGAACAUCAUGAUCUUCCCGGCGUCUAACGAUAUUGGACAGGUAGAGGGUUUAUGCGGGAACUUUAAUGGUGUUGGGGCGGAUGAUUUCGAGAUCCGGGGGACGGGAGAGGUGUGGAAGGUGCCGGAGGGCGUCCCUUGGUGGUGGAGCUGGUUAUACGGACCAGACGAGUUCUCCAUGUCAUGGGACAUAACAAAUACACAAGAAGAAAGCCUACUGAAUAAAGAUGUCUACUCAAACCCAGCCCCAUGGGACAGUGAUAAGAAACUAUGCGUAUGUCCUAGCGUCGCGUCCGGAGACUAUACAUCUUAUUGUUCAAUUCACGAGGAUGACACAUGUCAGUCGUCGGUAUAUAGGCGGGGAACCGAGCUUUACACGUUGUCCCGGCGCAAGCGCGAUGCGUCUGAGGAACCGGGCGCCGAGGAUCAGUCUAAUCAUGUAGACGGGCGGAUAUCGCGUAUGAUGAAGAAAUGGCGGGAAAAUUUAAAACGAGUAAAGCGACAGGCGGUCCCGGGGUCGGAGUCCGGAAACUCAACGGAGACGUACACGCUUGAGGAGGCGCGGGAUGCGUGCACGGAAGCUAUGCAAGGAUGCCCGUCCGCCGGCGCCGCCAAGGCCGUGGACGCCGCUGACAUGAAUAGCACCAUAGAGAACUGUGCCAAAGACCUCAAUAGUACGGGACAGAGUAAUUGGACGACCCCUCAUUGUGACGCGCACGUGCAGACGUUCCUCGUUGAGUCGGAACGUGACGAGAACUUGACACGUGAUUUCCCAGAGCUUGUGACCGCCGUUCGCAAGAACGGCUGCCCCGCUAACUGCAGUGGAAACGGCGUCUGUGUGAACGAAUCCUGUGAGUGUUUCCCCGGUUUCGGAACGGCCCUGUGCCUGGUUGACAUGGCAGCUUCUCCGUUGGUCGGGGAGGCGGGGGACGCGGGUCUUUGUGACAUAGCGAACGGGGGCGCCUGUGUCUGCAUUACCGUGGUCGGGGAAGGCUUCGUAGAGGGCGCUAAGUGUGAUGUUAAAAUCUAUGAGGCGGAUACCAGCGGCAUUUUCUCACUACUUCGCUCGUUUAGAACCACGUGUGAAUACGAGCACUUCAAUGAGGUGUGUGCGCCGCUGUCGCCCACCUCCGAUACGCGGCGACGCAAAAGGUCCUUAGCUUCUAGUAUAGCCACCAAGGUCGAGGUCGCCGUUAGCAACAACGGAAUCAACUUUAGUGCCUAUUCUACCGUCGUUGUCCUGGAUACCACAUGUCAGCAGACGACAACUGACUCUAAUGGCAACACGAUCGUCGCUUUAAAGGCCGGUUUCUGUUACAUUGAGGGCGCAUGCGUAAACGAGUCGGCAACGAGUGCAAUCGACAGCUGUUCUCAGUGCAUCGCGAGUGACUCGCUCUUCUCUUGGACCAAUGUAUGUGAGACACCGACGGACAGCUCCCCGAACCUCGCUUUGUUAGUCACAGUUCCGGUGAUCGGCGGUCUGUUCCUUAUCAUCACGAUCUUAUGUAUUGCCCUGCACCACGGACUCGGUAAAAAGAAAGUAGAUCCCCUGCCUGCCAUCCCCAAAAACUCGCGGUUUAAGAGGCGCUGGCUGUCGAAGCAUGGUAUGUCGGGAGCUGAGGCUCCGCCUCCACCGGAUUACGGACUUCCGGAGAGCACAUCGAGGAAAGAGAGGUUCUAGAUACAGCGCGUUUCGUGGCAAUGUGGUUGGCGGGCGUUGAGCGCGUGGAGCGCGUGGUCCACAUGAAUUACCUCCGGUGUGGUACUAUAUAUAAAACAGUGUAAAUGUGGAUUAUUUGGAGGCUUUGCAGGCUACGCUAUAUAACGUUUAUCAGACGUAUGUGAUUCAUACUAUGUAUAUAUACUUUUUAAUUUAUCUGCUCGCUAUGAAAUGGAGAAUCAAAUAAAUAUAUGCAUUUUUUCAA